AUGCCUUUCACACGCUCAAAUCCCCAUUCGACACGAGGGUCAAAUCAAAAUCCAUCCUCUACCAAGGAAACUCAACAUAACUCAAAAGCCAAGCAACAAUCUACUAAAGCAACUGCUACGAAAUCUAAAGCAACCUCUAGGAAAUCUAAAGCAACCUCUAAGAAACUUAAAGCUACUCCCAAGACAAUCAAAGCAACUUCUAAGAAAUCUCAAAAGCCUCAAUCUCAACACCCCCAGUCUGAUGACGACUUUGAUACUGAGGAUGAAUAUGAUGAAGAGCAAGAUGAUGCUUAUUCACUCAAAUCAGAUCACUCUAUAAUCCAACCUCUUGCGCAACAACAGAUUUUGGACCAAAAUAGAGUCAGAGAUAGAUCAGCACAGAACAAUCAAAAUGCUUCCACCAAGAAAACCAUAUUCCGUUCUCAAUUUCCUGGAUUUGAGAUGGAUAAUUACGAGGAUUUUUUGGACGAUUGGACAGUGGAUGAGCUUCGGGAAAACAUUGCAAAGCAGGGUUCGCGGUCAAGUAAGGCACCAAAGGAUGUCAAAUCUCUAGUGAAGACCAUUCGUUUAGAAUAUGAGAAGCGCAUGUUGAUGGCUGCUUUGAUGGGUGGAGUGCCCGAAGUAGUUGUUUGGAACAUUGUUGGUGAGGGCCCAAAGAAGGGAAAAGCAAAUCCCUGGAUGCGUUUUAAAUCAUUUUGCCCACUUGCACUGGCUGAACAAAUGCCUUCUCGUGAUGAUAAAAAAGCUUGGAGUGCUUACAAUACAAAGCUUUCUGAUAUCUGGAAUGGUUUCACCGUGGACCAAAGGGACGUCUUUAAAGAUCCCCUCUUUUUAUCAUUGUCAAAUCUCCCCGAUCUUUUGGAUGUACCACUUGAAAAUGAAGAUGGAGCUGAAUUGGGCCAAGAUGCAACAUCAGUUGCACCUGCGGUUCACAAACUGACGGAAGACGAGCGCCUCAAAUAUCAACCUUUAUUUGACGACCUUGUUGAUGUUGAAAAACUUCAAUUAUCUCGUGGAAAACCAGACACUUCAAAGUCAAUAGCCACUCUUCAACAACGGUCCUUGUCGGAAUUAAAGAAGGCACAUCACACAUUUGUGGUAGUCUGUCAACAAUAUCAAAUUACCUACUACUUAGCGGCGGUCAGCUGUGGGAGUAUUGAAGGGUGGUCGCAAGUAUACUCAAACAACACACUCUUUGCACAGUGGGCUUUGAACGAUGCCCAGGUCCCGAGUACACUACGAUCAUACGUUCAUGGAAUAUCUGCGGCAAAGAUUGUUGAAAGUGGCAAGAUGCAACAACCAAGUGAUGAACGAAAGAGUCGCUUAGGGAAGGAACUCAAUGCCCUAGUUGCCACCGCUGUGAAGCCUAUCUACAUUAUUUGA